AAUCGAAUCCACUGCGGGGCGACAAAAAAUUACUUAGAAAGCGAUAUUUUUACCGUGAAACUCAACGUUCUUUGACGAAAUUCCUCUCGUUUUGUGGUUCUCUCGUUAUCUUCUUUUGCUACUAGACCAGUCACGACCGUCCACUUAUACCACUGGCACAUUAUACCUGGCCUUGCAUACCUCGGAGCACUGGACUCUCAGCCAACGAUAGCUGGCACACACACUUAGAUUUAUAGACUGAACAAUGGCUAGGACAUCAUAUCACUGGCGCUCGCUUUCGUACAUCCUCGCAAUCGUAGAGGUCGCGCUCGCAGCCCUUGACGGCGAGGGCAUCGCUCAACCACACGGAGUGCCACCUGCGUCAUCAAUACCAACACCCACACCACGUUCGGUGGCUCAGCGAGCUACUGUUAGCGUACCACCUGCCGGAUAUUAUAACCCGUACGAUGGCGGAGGGAGCUUGCUCACUGCCGUCGUAGGCACAUACCCACCCGGGCAAGGCGAACCCAUAAACGCCAUCAUAUCUGCUUACUCCGACAGCGCUGUGCUCCAGAGCACGGCCUCGAACGGAGGGCUUAUCAACUAUUACCAAUCAUUCGGAUUCUCGACGGAAUGUCUCGGUCAACAUGCCGGAAAUAACCAGGGUGCGAAUCUGGGUGACGGAAAUGGAUAUCUAAACCAAACCGCCGUAAUCCGAUGGGACUAUGGUGACCCCACCCUAGGGACAUGUGAAGAGACCAUAGAAGGCGGGAACCACGUCCGGUACUGGAUUCAAGACGGCAGUCAAGCUGACAGUGGGGCCAUAUUCAUGGCUGUUUCGUAUGAGAUGCCUAUCGCCGAACAACACAAUAUCGUCCCAAAUGGUUACAAUCUUGGACGCGACUGGCUCGUCGGCAACGCAACGUCUCAGUCCCAAAUCAUUCCCACGCUCAACGACACCAACUCCUCAACCUACAGUGGCCAAACGGCAUUCAACGGGUACACCUACUCUACGAGCGUGAAAUACGUCUCAGGCCUCCUUCCCAACACCAGCUACGGCAUCAACCACAAUGGUUCUGUCCCCGUUCCAGGUGACAACGCCGUCGACGGGCUUGUGGCCGUCAUGACAGUGAAGAUCGUCGGCGAACCCGCUAGUUCGGGAGCGGAGUGGUCACUACCGUCGACAGGAAUGUGGACGCUUUCUAUGCUUGUGCUUUUGCUAUCGAUAUUUUCAGCUUCGCCUCUGCUAUAACUUGUGUCGCAUCCGCUGAUUCCACACUCCAUCUGAUUAAGACCGGUACUGUUACCAGUUUUAAUUUCAUAUUCUGUCGACACCACCCACGAGUCGCGUCUCUUCGUGAACAGCUCAGCCCCCUGCACCCCUUCGCCAACAAUACCCGCCACUUACGGACGUUCUCGAAUGACACUCGCCACCUCACAUGGAAAUAUAUGCCCCACCUCAUCGUAUUUCCUUCCUCAUCCUCGCUUCCAUACCUUCAUCUCAUUCAUCCCACUUCUUUUUUUGUCUUACACAACGUAGUAGUGUAUUCCUAAAUUUCCCGAAUAUACUGCUAUACGUUCUAGUCAAACGUUCACGAAUUUUCACGUUGUUAGCUUUCCUUUUCAUACUUUGUUUUCUUUAUUAUUGCUUGCAUACCCGGCCAGACCCGCUGGUAGGACUACCUCCGUAGUACCCGCGCGCAGGGUUUAAGUCGGUGUAGCGGACCUUCACCAUAACCUAUAAUGUGUUUCUGGUUGUUAUGGAUGUCGUAUACAUAUUGCCUUGUCAAUAAUUGGACACUAAAUGUGACCUAUGCUCAGAAAAGAUGGA